AUGGCAAAUUCUGAACUCAGUUCGAUGAUCAUCAUCUUAUUCAUCUGCACAAUAAGCUUAUCGAUCGGCUCGAUUCCAUGCAAAGAAGACCUUCUAACGAACCAAGCCGCCUUGUUCGUGUUCGGAGAUUCUUUGUUCGCAGCGGAAAACAACAAUUACUUCGAUACUGUCUCUAGUUUCUGGUGGAAUUAUUGGCCAUACGGUAAAACAAGGUUUAAGUUUCCGCCCGGAUGUCAGGAAGUCUGGAGCUUAGCCCCUUUCAAAAAACCAUGGGAUAUACAAAACUUCCAAAUGGGAAUAACCCAAAUGAACCAGAUGAUUUGCUUACCGCCAACAGGCAUUAGCGAGGGUCCCAUAUUUUCUUGGGUGGCCUGGCCUCUAUGGUUAGCUCAAGAACAUAACACAGAUGCUUCGUGGAAACCGGAGCUCCAGAUCGCCGACCUAGGCUGGAUCUCGAUAAAUUUUGGAACACAAUUAAACAAUUUCAAGAACGCGGAGAAAACGUUGAGAUCAACUUUAGUAGAUGCAGAGGCAAGAAGAGUAUUGUCAAAAGCUGUUUAUCCUUUUCACAUUGGAGCAAAUGACUAUCAAUACCCAUUCUUUGCCAAUACCUCAACAUUUAGUACCAUUACCAAAGAGAGAUUAAUCGAUUUCGUCGUUGGUAACACAACGAUCGUCAUCGAGCAAGGAAAUUCGGAUUCUUUGAGCUUGGGUCCGUAUGGUUGUACACCGAGCUCGUCGAUAAUAGACCGGACAAAAAUAGGAUCUUGUUUCGAGCCAAUCACGGAGCUGAUUAACCUCCAUAACCAAGAAUUCCCAAAAGUCUUGAGGCGUCUAGAGCGGGAGCUCUCCGGAUUCAAAUAUGCUCUUCACGACUUUUACAAUUCUCUAUCCCAACGAAUCAAUAAUCCUUCUCGAUACGGUUUCAAGGAAGGGAAAAUGGGAUGUUGCGGGAGCGGACCCUUGAGGGGAAUCAAUACAUGUGGAUUCCGAAAUGGACCAUCGCAAGGUUACGAGCUAUGCGAAAACGUUGAAGAUUACAUCUUUUUCGUUCCCUCUCAUUUGACUGAGAAGGCUCAUCGACAGAUCGCCGAGCUUAUUUGGAGCGAACCGCCUAAUGUCACUGCACCUUACAAUCUCAAAACACUGUUUGGACUCUAG